AACGACGAAAUUGCAGCAACGAUUUACGUUUCAUGUAUAAAGCCGGUGGGAUCGGGGUAGAUUUCGUGUGUGUCUAGCAAGGUCGCUCCAACCAGGCCCUCAUUCUCGUCGUCGGGUAUGUGACAUCUCAAAGCAGAUGUUUUGCAAUCUCCGGAGGCGCCUUCAGCUCGUGAGCAUGCAGAAACAGUAUCCCAACCGUCCAAUUCAUCAUACACCUCUGCCCUCAAGCCAACCCACUCCAAGCACCCCAGCCACUCGCCAACCUCCCCAAACCCCGUCUCCUAUAUCCCCUCCCACGUCCAAGCUCCCGCCCAAGCCGCCACUCAACCGCAUCGCGUAGCGUUGUCGCGAAGUUCUACCCAUCACGUCAGCUCAACAUCCCCAAUAUUGCCCCCU